AUGGCCUACAUCGAGCCACGCCUCAUCCACCUGCUGAACGAUUCCACCACGCCACAGCUCGCUCACGCUGAUCUGCCGCCUCUCCGCCUGGCCUUCUCCCGUCCCUCUGAGCGGCCCUUUCCACUCGAGCCUGAUACGACCCAUCGCGAGGAAAACACCAAAGGGCUCUCGCUUGCCACCAGCCACGGAGCCCCACCACAGAAUGCCGGCACCCUCGACGACAGCUUUUCCGUACGGGAUUCAAGAAAGGACGAUGAAGCAGCAGUCGAUCGAGGAACAGUCAACAGCACCGCGCAUCUACAAUUGAGACUGCUCUUGGGCGAGGACCGAGAUAAUGUAGACUCUUCCUUUUCCCUAAGCAAGAUCCUCGACGAGGUGCCCGAGAACAAAGAUGACUCCGCGACCAAGAAGAGGCACCGCACUGUUGCUACCAAGGACGACUUCGUGCAGCUACCACAGCCGGUCAAGAAACAGAAGCCAAUUCAACCCCAGGUCAUGCCCACCAUGCCGCCUAUCAUCAAUGGCUUACACGAACCUCCUCCCGACGCCGCGCUGUUCCCGCCCAUCGCCUCCAACGACUUCAACGAACCCGAAAACAACCAGCUUAAACCGCUCCGAGAUUUCGCGCCGGUGCCGGAGGAGAAGGACAUGGAGAUCGAAGUUGAGAAGCCUGCGGAGGCUGAGUCGACGACGACCAAGAACUUGAAAUCUGGUGGUGGCAAAACAAGAAAGAAGGCCAUGAAGCCGAGAAGGAAGUGGUCCGAAGCUGAGACGAACCACUUGCUGCUAGGAGUCAAUCGCCAUGGCGUGGGAAAGUGGACCGAUAUCCUUGCGGAUCCCGACUUCAACUUCAAUGACCGAACUGCGGGUGACUUGAAGGAUCGUUUUCGCACCUGCUGCCCCAACGAGCUGCGCAGGACUAAUAGCGAACCGAAAAUUGCGUCUGCUGCGGCGCUGCCAACCACGCCGACCGAACCAAAGGCUAAAGCAAAAACCGGACUGUUGUCCGAAAACAUACUCAUAGCCCAAGAAGAGGCUACUGCGAGCGAGCAGCCUCAGAUGACCCAGGCUGAGUUGGACGCGUUCCCAAAAAUGAAGAGGAGCAGGGCACACCGAAAGAAGCUGGAGGACUUGGCCGAGCUGGGAAUACACGGUCCAUUCAAGAAGUCGCACAGAAGAGAAAGGCGACCUUUUACCGACCAAGACGAUAAGCAAAUACUCGAAGGGCUGGAUAAAUAUGGACCAGCCUGGACCAAGAUCCAGAGAGAUCCACGUUUUAGUCUUUCUGGACGACAACCGACAGACCUCAGAGACAGGGUUCGGAACAAGUACCCCAUCGUUUACGCCAAGAUUGAGAAAGGAUUGUUCCAACCCCAGGACGGGCGAGGAGGCGAUACGCUCGAACCAACGGUUAGCAUGAGCAUCUCGAAUACUCUGCAGCCCAACAGACCACCUCCUCUGGAGGCGACAUUGAAUAGAACCAACUCAAAGGAAGACCUCCCUAGAUGGCCUCUUUCUGUCAUUGACAAUGUGGAGCUGCCUGCCAGCCAGCAGGCCUUCGAUUUUGGCGAAACGACCACGGCGACGUUCAUGGGAAGCGCGGGAGAGAUGGAUAUCUCUCGCCUGCUUCUGGACGACUCGCAGGUCGCCAGCUCGGCUGCGAUAUACGCACCCGAUCAGACAUCCGAAUCGACAUCGCCUUGA